AUGAAUUUUGCUCAAAAUAAAGAAGCUCUCAAGGAGCAAUUGACAAAUUUGAUCGAUCUGUUCAAGCAACAGCCAAUAACAAAUGCUCAUGAAGAAGCUUCUAUGACAGCGUUUUGCGUCGUGAACGCUGUUGAUAAGAAGGUUCUUUUGGACUCGUCGUUUUACGAAACGGCAAUUGAAUAUCUUUUGCCGUCUGAUAAUCUCUCAUUGGCGGGAGACACUUUGCAAUGGCUCAUGCGUUUAUACAUUGAUAAGGUGGAUUUGCCGGCAUACGAGACGAAACUCAUCGACGUGUUUUGUGAAGCUGUCGAGAAAUUGGAGGCUCGAUUUGCGAACAUGGACCCUUCAGCGUUUUCGCAGGAGCAUCCACAAUUUGUCAAUCAUUCGACUCUCUUCUUGAUCACGUUCUAUAAGAAUUACCGCAAAAUCGUUGAGAAACCGAAUAUCCCUCCAAACGUUGCUGAAUCGCACCAAAAAGCUCUCAAAAUUUUGGUGACGACACUGAAAUUGAAGGUUGAUCAUUCGACGUACAGUUGCGUUGAGUUUUGGUGCGACAUGAUUUGCAAAUUCAAUAAGAUGCUCAAAAAGCGCAAUCGUCAUAGCAGACUCCAUCGCCUUUGGCCAAUUUACGAGCCGCAUUUCGAAGAAGCUGCUGAGUUCCUCAAUACUCAAUUUCGAAAUGGCCUUCAAAACAUUGCGAAUGACAGCUGCUACAACUUCGCCAUGAGAAUGCCUAUUCUCACAUUCUUGCAAGGAUAUGGUAUCGUCAAGCAAUUCAUCAAUGGAGACGAAGAAGUGGAGCCGAUGGAAGAUCUCGAGUGA